GUUUACGAUAGAGCUACCUGCAGUCAGAGUGACAGCUCCAACGUUAGCUAGCGAUUCCACUGUCUCUGUCUGUGUGAAGGAUAAAGACCCAAUCGAGAAAUAGAAGUGACUGUGUUUACUUUGUAUUGGUACAGCACACAUCGCAACAUUAUUGUCAGUAAGGUCAGAGAAUCCUGUUUUUCACAGUGCAGCAGUGGCUUCUUUGCUUGCUACUAGCCAAAGGCUAGCCCGACACACAUACACAGUCAAUCUAGUUGGACCAGUCUUUGCACCCAGGUCUCACCACAUGCCUUCUUGAAAGUUUCCCUCUCCCAGCCUUUGCAUAGGCCCUAUGGAGGAGUCAGAUAUCGAGCAGGUGACCCUGGCCCUGCUGGACGUGGCCAACGACAAGGAUGGGGUAGUGCAGGAGCAGGUCAGAAAGUCCAUGCUGACUCUGGGCAAACAGCAGCCAGACAGGGUGCUAUCCAUGUGCCAGGACUACUUACUGAAACACCCCAAGCUUGUGGUCAGCCACAGAGUGGUCAUCUUGCUGACCAUUGAGCUGGUGGUCAAGAGUAAGAUAGAUGAGAUCAGCUCCCCCAGGAUCAAGAGCAUCAUCUCUCUGGCUUCUGACGAGAUGACACGAUCCAAGGACGUCAUACCUGAUUGGCAGCAAGCAGCCAGUAACAUCCUGGUUGCUGUUGGCAACAAACACAUCAAUGACAUCAUGGAGGAGAUCCUGACCAAGUUCCAGCCAGGGGUCUUGCCCCACUUCUUUGUGGUCCAGACACUAGCCAGCCUCUCUGAUUCCAACAUUUAUGGUAUGGUGCCAUUCCUGAAUGCAAUCCUGGGCACCAUGCUGCCCAUGCUGGCCUUGGCCAAACAUGACAACAUGAAGUGGGUCUUCUCCUCUGCUCUUUCCCACUUCAGUGAGAGCAUCCUGGAGUACCUGGCCAACCUGGACAAAGCUCCUGACCCCACGGUGCGUAAGGACACCUUCUCCAGCGAGGUCUCCGCCGCCUACGACAUCCUCUUCUCCAGCUGGCUGCAGAGCAGGGAGUCCAAGCUGAGACUAACCGUGGCUGAGGCUCUGGGGUCUAUGAGUCACCUGAUGGCCAACGAUAAACUGGAGGAGCAGAUUCCCAAACUUAUCCCCACCAUCCUCUCCCUCUACAAGAAGAACAACGAGCACUACAUCAUCAGUAAGAGCCUGUGCCAGGUCUUGGAUGCAGCUGUCAACAUGGGUAGCAGAGUGCUUGAGACUCAGGUGGACAGUCUACUCUUUGCCCUGCACCAGCAGGUGUGUGCUCCUGUGGACUACAACAGCCCCCCCACGGUGAAGAACCACAACGAGGUUCUAAGAAGCUUCAGUAUCCUGGCCAACACCUUUCCAGAUCGUCUGAUCGUGUUUGUUCUCCAGAAGUUGGAGAACAGUAACGAGAGGAGCCGUAUGGGUUCCCUGGCCGUGCUCCGACACCUCAUCAACUCUACCACAUCCAUGAUGGAAACUAAGAAGCUUCUUAUCCUGGCCAGCAUCAGACAACCACUGGCUGACCACAGCAAUAAGGUGAAGCAAAGGGUGGUGCAGGUAAUCAGUGCCAUGGCUCACCAUGGUUACCUGGAACUGGAGGGUGGAGACCUGCUGGUCAAGUUCAUAGUCCAGCACUGCGCCCUGCAUGACACCUACUACCGCGGCCAGCGGCCCACAGACCCAGAGGAGGUGACCAACGAGGCGCUGCGAAGCAUGUGCGACAACACACUCCACCUCUUCACUACAACUGUAGGACGACUGACGGACGUGCUGUGGCCCAUGCUGCUGUUCUACCUGACCCCGCCCCAGUACUCCAACGCCACCAGCGCCCUGUGUAAGAGCCUGAUCCUGCUGGGCAGCAAGAAGAGGACAGCCCAGGACCCCAGCUUCACCAUCGACUUCACACAGCAAGUCAACCUGCCCAACCCUCAGAUGCUCAUGGUCCGCCUGCUGGUCAACGCCGCGUUCCCGUUCCGCUGCCGAGGUCACGGCUCCCCCUCUCUGUCUCUGCUCAACGUGCUGAGCCCCAACAUCCACCCCAACACUGAGGCACUCUGGGAGAAGGAGAUCCCCCCCAUCCUCACGCUCCUUGAAGAGUCCAGUCCUGACAGCAUUGACCAGAAGGCCUGGGAGGAGAGACUGCUGAAGCUGCUGUCCAAAACCCUGGUCACCAUCGCUGACGACAAGUGGGCGUGUCAGCUGGCUGCCGAGGCAACGCGUUACCUCUCCACCUACAACAACUUCAUGGAAGAAAAGAGCUUCCUGUACCAGUGUGUGGGCGUGGCUCUGCAGCAGUGCAGCAACAAGGAGGUGGUGAAGCGACAGCUGCAGGAGCUGCUGGUCUCGGCCCGGCACAGCGACGCCGUCGAGAGAGAGGGUGUUGCGAUGGGAGUCGGCCUGUGCGCCAGCAGUCACCUGGGGGGCACUCUGACCAAGCUGAAUGAGUUUGGCAAGUCAGACGCCUUCAAGAAAGCUUCUGGGAUAUUUGGCCUCCUCAAAGAUAAGAAUGACGUGGAGGUGGAGAAGAUGAAGAGCACGCUGAUCCUGUGCUACGGCUACGUGGCUCUGCACGCCCCCGAGGACACGGUCCUCAAACACAUCGACCAAGACAUCCUGCGCAGCAUCAGCCACCACUUCAACACUAAGGUUCUGGGGAUUAAAGUAGAGACCAAGGACCUGACUAUGAAGCUGAGCCUCAUCAAAAGCGUGGGCCUCAUAGCCAAGGCAAUCGGUGUGUGUGUGCGACGACAAGGAUACAUGUUCACACGCAAGCAGGAGCUCAUGGGAGUCAUGCUGGAUUUCAUCAAAGCAGAGCCCACCGACGUGAUGAGGACUCCUGUCCGCCAUCUUGUGAUGAGCACCUGCGCCAACCUGAUUAACUUGGAGCCGGCGCUGACAGAGAACGAGACCUUUGAGAUGCUGCGGACGUGUGUGGGCGGCGUCUUCGGGCUGCCCCCGGUGGACGCCCCGGACAAGGGCAAGGAUGACGAGGUCCUGGACCUGAAACAGAGAGAGGCGUUGUACUUGGACACCUACCAGGCCCUCCACCAGCUCCUGAGGAGCGCUCUGUCCAAGGAGCCCACGCCAGACGGCCUGCAGGGCAUCUUCAAGCACCUGGAGCCGUGGCUGAGCUCCGGUCAGGAGCAGGAGAGAGAGAGGGCCCUGAAGACCACCGCACACAUCCUGGCCUUCUACCUGGACAACCUCACAGUCAAGAACAUGGUGUCGUUCCACAACUUGGGGGCCCUCCUGGGACGUCUGGCCCCUCGCUGCACCGACCCCUGCCCCCCCGUCCGCAGGGCCGCCAUAGACUGCAUCUACACCCUGCUCUACAUCCAGCUACGCUACGAAGGAUUCUCUCUGGACUACAAAGAUGAGUCUGUGGAGAACCUGAUCCCCCUGAAGGAGAAGCUGGACAACCCUGACCACACUGUCCUCUACAAAACCUGCUCUGACCUCACCAAGAUUGUGAGUAAGCGGGUGCCACAGCAGCAGCUGACGGCGGUCAUCUUCAUGCUGUUGGAGGUUCUGGUGGACUCCCAGUCCAACUGCUCCCGCGCCGCCAGCGUCAUCCUCAACACCCUGCUGAAGAACAGGGGAGCCGGCCUACAGGACUUGGUGCCGGAGAUGCUGGAGGUUCUGCACGUGCGUCUCCAGAUGAUCAGUGAGGACCAAGUGAAGGUGGCCGUGGGACAGACCAUCCUCAUCCUGGCCACACAGCACCUGCAGACUGUCACCUCCACCCUCAUCUCCUACCCCCUGCCCUUUGACAGCUGGAGCUGUGAGAUGUGGAUAGCUCUGGGUGCCGACAGCACUGUGGCCAAUCAGAUUAUGGAGAUGCUGAUGGAGAAGCUGACUGUCAUGGCGCCCUAUGCCGACAGGAAGGAGUCCAUGAUGAGGCCGGGUCUCACCGUCAAGGUGGCCACCAGCCAGCCCCUGGCCAUGACGUGUGCCCUGAAGGAGCUGAUGCUGAACGGUCAGAGCCAGGAGGCGGUGGUGAGUCUGUUCCCCCGGCUCUUCUCCUGCCUGCUGGUCCGCCUGGGCUCCAGCGUGGGCGUCACCCUCCCCAAGGACAUCAACGCCACCAGCCUGGGCCAGGACAAGAAGAGCGGCCCAGCCAAGCACCCCGCGCCCAGCUUCGACGUCCCGGGGGUGGCAGUGGACGCCCUGCGUAUCCUCCUUGCCCGGGUCCAGCUGGACGAGGUGGUGAAGAGGCUGGAUCAGGAUGGGGCCUGGGACACCAUGAAGGACCCCCAGAGGCACACCACCGGGGUCACCAUGCUCUCCAGGGCCAUGGCGAAGCACGCGGGGCCCCGUCUGCCCUCCGUGGUGGAGUGCCUGUGCCCCUGCCUCAACAACAUCUACGAGUGCCAGAGGGUCACCGUCACCGCCUUUUUCUCUGAGCUGCUGAACCACCACGUGGUGACAGAGCUGAUGCUGAUGGAUGUGCUGAUGAACAACAUGAUGGAGAGGAUCUCAGAUCCCUGCUCCACCGUCCGCAUGCUGGCCGUCAGGGGCCUGGGGAACAUCGCCGUGGGCUCGCCUGAGAAGGUCAAUAAAUAUGCCAAGGAGCUGCUGGCGGCCAUGAGCUCUGGGAUGGAGGAGAAGGACGACCCCGGCAAGCACAUCACCCUAGAGGCCAUGUCUGGCCUGUCCAAGGUGCUGCUCUACCUGGACAAGAAGAACGUCCACCUCCUGGUGGUCUACAUCUUCAUGAAGAUCAAACCCUUCCUGGAGAGCGAGAACGAUGAGAUCCGCUGUGCCUCCAUCAUGCUGUUGGGGAACCUGUCCAGGUUCGGCUCAGGAGAACCCAUCUUCAAGGACCAGAUCCACAAUGUUCUGGUCAGCCUCCUGCUCCACCUCGCUGACCCCAACCUGCAGGUGGUUAAGGCUUGUAAGUACGCCAUGCGAGUGUGUGCACCUGUUGUGGGCUCAGAGCAAAUCACAACCAUGUUCCAAAACCAUCUCCAUGAUGACAAGGGCCUACACUACGGAGAGUUCAUCAACGACCUCACCAAGUACAUUAUCCAGGACUUCCCUGGAAUGCUGAACUUCUACCACAUCUCCGUCAUCCAGUUCUUCAAGAGCAACUGGGCCGAGGUCCGAGCCGGAGCUGCCAUGUUCAUAGGCUUCCUGCUGGGUAACCUGCCUGAGGAGCUCUUCUCUCACCUUAACAUGGGCAGCGUGACCAAAGGUCUGGUGAUGCUGCUACAGGACCCAGAUCCUGUAGUUAGGGUGAAGGCUGCCGAGGCCAUGGGACACUUCCACUGAGAACAUUGCGCACCCACACAAACACACAUCCACGAUUAGUAGCUUUAUAUUUGAUGUUACUGCUUUUGGAAAGGCAAACUGGUACUUGACAUAAUUAGCAUGGUACUUGAAGUUCUUAACUGAUUUAGCGACCAAAGACUGUGCACCUCCUUGGGCAGUGUCGUUUUGCAGCAUCAUUCCAGCACUAAGUAGUAGCAUUUGAGCUAGUCAUGUUAGCAUGUGACUUGAGUGAGCUGGGAAGUGUCGGUCAGCCUAAUAGAGACACUCAUUAACUAUCAUCUGAUAUCUGAAUGUACUGAACCAGAAGAAGUACUCUCACACACUUGUGUAAACUACCGAAGCAAACUCUUUUAGCAAUAACCUGCAGGUGGUCAAUAAUCAAUAAUCACAUUCUCCGGGUUACUGUCAGGCUCCAAGGUGCUGUCCAUGGUACUAGGCCGGUUAAGCCAAUCGUUCGUCCAGCUAGCCCAGCUUGUUGUAGACUAUUGCGCUCUAUUAGCCGAUUUCGGGUAGCUGGCAAGCUAGCCUGGCCAGUCCUAUCUGUGCUUCCCAGUAAUCCCCAGGUAGAUGCAUAUACGCAGAAAAUGGCGUUCCUAUGGCGACGCCAUUAUCAUUGCCAAAAUGUUACAUUGACGCCGAGUGUUGUUAAAAAAAAAAAAAAAAAAAAAGCGACAACCUUUAAUCUGUUCUCAUCUCUCUCUCUCCCCCUUUGUCUACAACACUAUCUCUCGCCGUCCGUCUUUAUCAACACUGUUAUUUCUUUCUCCCAAAAGAAAAAAAGCACUUCACAUCUCCUAUCCUGUCUUAUUCCCCUGUGUUGUAUGCACGGUAGGGUAGAAUGCCCUUUUGUUGACCAGGUACAGACCAACCAGACGUUGAGCAGUCCAUUUGAUGUGUUCCUCUAUGCCAUUGCUGUGAUGUAUGUACGUAUGUAUGUACGUAUGUAUGCACUACUGAGCUGACUUUCUGUACACUGACCUCCACGUACAGCACAGUCUUACUCCUCUGUCUUACUGGCAUGUACUUUACAGUAGGUCAUUCUCUUUGGCACUUCAUAGUGUAAAGCAGAGUUGGAGUUGGAGGCUUAUUGACUCUGGGAGUGUCAGGCUAGUUUGUGUCUGCGAGUGGUAUCUAGAAUGACUGAAGUCGUUAUUGACUUCCGCUGUUUGUUUGUUUUUUUGUUUGUUUUUUAGCAGCACUAUAUGUUUGUAUGUAGUAUGUACUGUAUGAUGGAUGUGUGCAGUUUUCUGGAACAGAGCAACGCUGACAGUGACGAUGGCAAUCAUGAUGUAUUUCAAAAUAAGUCAUAAUAAAAAUGAUCAGUUGAAACAUU